UUUUAAUCUAAAUCAAGUCUGCAUUUGAGGAAAUACCAAAGCUUCUUACUCUGAAGAACAGAGAGAUAGACAAAAACAAAAACAAAAUGGAGAAUCUGUUAGGGCUUCUAAGGCUUCAUGUGAUUAGAGGUGUUAAUCUCGCCAUUAGAGAUUCUAAAAGUAGCGAUCCUUACGUCAUUGUUCGUAUGGGUCAACAGAAAUUACGAACUCGUGUGGUGAAAAAGAAUUUGAAUCCAGACUGGAACGAGGACUUGACACUCUCUAUUUCUGAUCCAACUCUUCCUAUCAAAAUCAUGGUUUACGAUAGGGACUGGUUAUCAAGGGAUGAUAAGAUGGGAGAUGCGGUUUUUCACAUUGACCCAUUCCUUGAAGUCAUCAGGAUGAAAAACCAGUUCGGAGGACUCCCCGAAGGAACCGUAAUAAUGAAGAUACAGGCAAGCAGGCAGAACUGUCUAUCAGAAGAGAGCAAGAUUGUGUGGAACAAAGGAAAGAUUGUCCAGAAUAUGUUCCUUAGGCUCCAGAACGUUGAGUGUGGAGAGGUCGAGCUUCAGCUUGAGUGGAUAGAUGUCCCAGAGGAAAUCAGGUAUCAAACUGAUAAAGGAUCAUCUGGAAUCGGCAACAAUGAAGACACUGAUAUUGAGGUUGAGUUUCAGAAAAUGUAUGAUAGUUGGGUUUACACUGGAAAAGGGAAGCUGAAUGUCGUAAAGGAGAAAGCCUUACUUCAAACAAUGAAUGAGAAACUCAAGGAAGAACUCUCCAAAGAAAUCUGAAAC